AUGCAGCGACCAGCCGAGGAGGGUGGCUACGACUUCUCGCGCACCGGCGAGUGCAUCAUGCGGCCGCGGAAGCAGUGGCCCAAAAAGCUGAGGGAGUGGGUGGCGACCAGCAUGAACUACACGGCCGAGGAUGCUUUUCGCGACCUUCUGGCUGCCGCCCCAAAUCAUGGGCAGGGUCGUCUGCUCAGCGCCGAGGAGAUGUUCGCCGAAGAGGGCUUCCUGGGUAGACUAGGAUCAUGGCUCGAGCGUGCUCACAAGGCAGCGACCUCCUUCCCCGUGGGCCUGUGGACGCAGGAGCUUCACGACGACUUCCUCAAGCUGUUUGGCUUCCCAGUCCUGGACUUCUUUCCCGGUGUGCCCUACAUCGGGAAGCUUGGAGACACGGAGCUGUGA